AUGAAAGACCUGCUUGACUUCAAGUUCCAAGAGCGCGAGAAGAAGUACAUUCACUGGUGGAUCCAGCUGAAGCAUGAAGCCGACCGCGAACAGUUUCCCAAUCUCUUCGAUGUGGACCAAAACUACGGUCUUUGCCAUCGACUGGAUCGAGAAACAAGCGGUACCGUGCUGGUUGGCGUGACAAAGAAGUCGCGCACGCAGAUGCGUGAGUGCUUUCAUCGCCACUACGUACGGAAGCU